CUCAAACAGUGUCAGCCGGAGUGGCACGUGGGUUGGAGAGGUUUUAGGUGUGCGUGGCUGGAGGUUCUGGCUUAACCUCUGUUCUUUUUCUGGCUGUUUCUCUCCACCUAUCCAGGAUGAAAGUGGUGGCUUUAAUCAGUGGUGGAAAAGACAGCUGUUACAAUAUGAUGCAUUGUGUUUCUGCUGGCCAUCAGAUUGUUGCCUUAGCCAAUUUAAGACCUACUGAAAAUAAAGAAGGAUUCGAUGAACUGGAUAGUUACAUGUAUCAAACAGUGGGCCAUCAUGCUAUAGAAUUAUAUGCUGAAGCAAUGGGCUUGCCUCUCUACCGUCACACGAUUAAGGGUACCAGCGUUAACACAGGCAACAUCUACACCAAAUGUGAGGGUGAUGAGGUGGAAGAUCUUUAUCAGCUUCUGAAACUUGUAAAGGAUAAAGAAGGAGUGGAAGCUGUUUCAGUAGGGGCCAUUCUUUCCGAUUAUCAACGAGUCCGUGUGGAAAAUGUUUGUAAAAGACUUGCUCUGCAGCCUUUAGCAUACCUGUGGCGUCAGAAUCAAGACACAUUGCUGAGAGAAAUUAUAUCCUUGAAAGUUCAAGCCAUAAUAAUAAAAGUAGCAGCUAUCGGUUUAGAUCCAGAUAAACAUCUAGGAAAAACAUUGGAUGAAAUGGAACCUUAUCUUUUGAAACUUUCUCAGAAGUAUGGAGUCCAUAUCUGUGGAGAAGGGGGAGAAUAUGAAACAUUCACAUUGGAUUGCCCUCUGUUUAAGAAGAAAAUCGUUGUGGACUCAUCAGAAGUGGUUGUACAUUCAGCAGAUGCAUUUGCCCCUGUGGCUUAUCUCCGCCUAUUAAAGUUGCAUUUGGAAGAUAAGGCACAGUUUGGGGGCAAACUUCUGCCUGGGAAAUGUUCAUGUGACACAGAAGAAAUUGAAGACAGUGCCUGGCUACCUUCAGAUGAGAUAAAGGAAACUCCUUGCAUUACGUGGCAGUUUUUAAGACCAAAUUUUGCACAAGAAAGUAAAGCUCUUGAAUUUUCUGGAAAGUCUCUGAAGGGUUACCAGUGGAUAACAGGCAUCAGCACAUACAUUGAUCCAUUGGAAGGAAAAAGCAUACAAGAAUUGGCAAACAACGUCUUUUCCUCACUCCAAGCUCAUAUGAAUUUAAAAGGAUUGGCAUUGACAGAUAUUAUUUUGGUCCAUCUGUAUAUGAAGAGUAUGGCUGAUUUUGCUGUGAUAAAUUCAGUCUAUAUGACAGCAUUUGAUUUGUGUCCUCCAGCGAGGGUUUGUGUUGAAGCUCCAUUGAAGGAAAACCUGCUAUUUCAGAUGGACUGCCUUACCCAAAAGGAUGAUAAGAUGAUCUCUGGUGCACCUGGUUCCCAGAAGCAGGCGAUGCAUGUACAGAGUAUUUCUCAUUGGGCUCCUGCCAAUAUUGGUCCUUAUAGUCAGUGCAUACAGGUUGAAGAUACUCUAUAUUGUGCUGGACAAAUUGCAUUAGUACCCUGCACUAUGCAACUUACAAAUGGUGGCAUCAAAAAAGAAGCUCUGAUGUCUUUAAACCACGUUGAAAAAGUCCUGAAAGCCGUGAACCUGAAGGGUGAACUUCAUCAUGUACUCAUGGCAAAUUGUUAUGUAACAGACAGCAAGUACAUUUCUGUUGCUGAAACUGUAUGGCAGAAGAAAUUAAAAGAAGUUAUAAAGACAAAAGAUGAAGACAUAAAUAAUGAUGUGCCUGCAACACAUGGAGAACUAGUUGUCGUUGUGGUACCUUUUCUUCCAAGAGCUGCUUCCAUUGAAUGGCAUGUCAUUGCAGUAGUAGACCAACAACAGAGGCAGAAACUUACACAAAUAAGGUCACUGGAGAACUGCCAAAUUAGAUGUGAAGCUAUGCAGUCCUAUCCAACAUGUGCUACUGUUGUUACCAUAUCUUUAACUCUGACUUCAUCAUCAGCUUCUACAAUCAAUUUAGAUGUAGUCCUGCAUGGUAUGGUGCAAAUGUUUAAACAAGUUGUAGAGAAAAUGUCAACAUAUGGUGACAUAAUUCCAUUAAGUUUUAGAACAUUCUUCCGAACAAAUAUUGUCAAAAGGGAAGCACUAAAAACAGGUAAGUCUAUCAUAUGUAUUUUUAAAUACCCUGGAAAAAUGUCAAAUAAUGAAGUAAUUUUUGUCCUUGUUUUGGGGUAUAUGGUCUACCUAGGAUUUUCCAAUAAUCCCAGUCAUUUCUCAAAGAACAUUAAACAAUAAAGAAUUUAAACUCAAUUGUUGAAUUAAACUUUCUUAGUGCCAGAAGUGUAUUCAGUGCCAGGGUCAAAACAUCCCAUUUAAACUGAACUUUUAAAAGCCAAAAGUUUUGUUUUUUUUCAAAUUCUUCAAAUAGCACAUUUAACAACAGGUUUUUUUUAGAUGUUGUUAAAAUACAAUGUGUCGAAGAUUGAGACUGCAGUCCUAUCCAGUCUGGCCCUUACUGAUCAUUUUGUAAGUUGAAAUCCAUAUAAUGGGAAGGCACCCAGACUGAUGUAGACAGAAUUCUUUAAAAUUGUCUAUCUUUCAGAAUAUAAUACAUAUCCAGAGCCGCAUCAACCCACGGCUCUGGAGCCGCAUGCGGCUCUUCCAGCCAUUUCCUGCGGCUCCUAGCCACGUGCAGUGCCCAAAAAAAAUAGGACUAAAAAAGUUGAACCAAUCAAUUCAAACUUCUCACGAAAGAAGUUUGAAUUGAUUAGUUCAACUUCUUUGGUUUGUGGGACACUGUUCGCCAUGGGCUCGACAUAGACGGGAGGGAGGGAAAGACAGCUCUGGAGGGAGACAGCCCUGUAGCAAGAAGCCGGCAGUCUGAGUAUAGUGGCACGGAAGACCUACCGGUCGGCGUGGGAAGCUCCAGCUUUGCCGGUGAGUAAGGCUUGGCCUCCGCAGCCUGGUUCCGCACCCCGACAACCAGCUGGAUCGGCUUUCGCUGCUCCAGCUCAGGGACGCCAGUGGCAUAGAAAGCGGUUUGGCGGCGCUGUCGUGGCCGGGGUGUCCUUGCAGCGGACAACUUGGGCCCGGAUAUUUCCUGCAGCUCAUGGUUCGGGACCGGAGACACUGGUGACGCACGGCCCAGACUGUCGGCGUUGCCAUGGGACCAUCCCCUGCGAUGCCAGCUAAUGCAGCAUGUUUCCAGCAGCGAAAAAGGGGCCUGAUCGGCGGCAGAACAAGACACUGGGCAGCACAAACUGAGCAUGGUCUUGAUAAGCAACAAGCCAAGGCCCCGCGUCCCUCCUGCCGCCGCUUAGUUUGUGCUGC